CUUUCGUUUUCUUUUCCAGUCCACUUGUGCCUGUUCAUAACAUCAUUGAGACGUUGACAGAUUGACUGUGACACCUCAUCGUGGGAACGAACAGGGCUGGACUUACGUUAUAUGAUUUGGUGACUUUCAUCUAGUGACACUGUCUUUCUUGCACAUUACAGAAAUACGAACAAUUUGUUUCCAACUUUUCAAAUAUGGGUAGAAUUGUGUUUCUCCACCCAGAUCUGGGAAUUGGAGGUGCGGAGCGAGCUGUGAUUGACGCCGCUCUGGCUCUCAAGUCGCGAGGACAUCAAGUUGAAUUCGUCACUGCUCAUCAUGAUCCAUCACACUGCUUUCCAGAGACAAAAGAUAACACCUUCACAGUGACAACGGCCGGUGACUGGUUGCCCAGAAGCGUCUUGGGAAAAUGCUAUGCUCUCUGUGCAUACAUCCGAAUGAUUUAUGCCGCUGUUUAUUUAGUGUUCUUUAGUGGAAUCAAAUAUGAUGCAAUAUUUUGUGAUCAAAUAUCAGCUUGCUUGCCUUUCCUAAAGCUGGCUUCAGCAAAAGUACUGUUUUACUGUCAUUUUCCGGACAUGCUGCUGACACAGAGGCAGAGCAUGCUGAAAAGCCUGUACCGUGGACCGAUUGAUUAUGUUGAGGAAAAAACCACUGGGAUGGCAGACUGCAUUCUUGUCAACAGCAAAUUUACAGCUAAGGUGUUUCAUGACACAUUUUCAAGUCUCCGCCACAUUCAGCCCCAGGUUUUGUACCCUAUACCUGACUUCUCUGCGUUUGAUAAAGCUGUCGAUCCCCCAAGUGAUGAUUUGAUACCCUCCGGCGUCAAGACUGUCUUUCUGUCCAUUAACAGAUAUGACAGAAAAAAGAAUCUUCCACUUGCGAUCAAAGCUUUUGGGAAACUUUUGAAAGAGCAUCCAGAUGCGAAUACCCACCUCAUUAUGGCUGGUGGUUAUGACGACCGAGUGACGGAAAAUGUGGAACUUCACAAGGAGCUGGUGCUGAUGGCCAAGGAGCUGGGACUGGAGAGCAGCGUGACUUUCCUGAGGUCGUUCAGCGACUCCCAGAAGCGAACACUGCUGAAGUAUUCAUCCUGCCUUCUGUACACUCCUGAGAAUGAGCACUUUGGUAUCGUACCCAUUGAGGCAAUGUACAUGAAGUGCCCUGUGAUAGCUAUGAACAGUGGGGGGCCUUUGGAGACUGUCGCCCACGAGAGCACUGGAUUUCUGUGUCCUAACGACUCUGACCUUGUUGCUGAUGCUAUGUAUAAAUUUAUUGAUACUCCAGAUCUUUCUAAGUCGUUUGGAGAAGCAGGCAAGAAACGUAUUGAAACCAUGUUUUCAUUCAUUCAAUUUACUGACAAACUGGAUUCUGUAAUUAAUGAGUUGUUGACGGGAAAAUCUUCAUGAGCUAGUUAUGACUUAUUAAAUGUUGGUUGCAAGUUCAUCAUUUAUGUCUAUAAUAUAUUUAUUUGAAUGUCAUUUUAUAGUAACUGGUCCUACCAUGUGUGUAGGUACAGUAAUUGUCAGAACUUACAAAGUCUGUCAGUAAUGCAGACAGCAACAAUGCUCUCUGUGUGCUGCUGACCGUUUUUGAUUCUUAGCUGCUGUCCUACAUUUUUUUUCUGCUUUCAUUACAUUGCAUAUGAUUAUGAACAGCUGCUAAGUGGAUUCUCUUUGGUGGUUUUUUGGGGGUUUUUUUUAUUUAUUUUUGCUGUGGAGUUUCUUGGUUUCAUGGAUAUCUUUCACCUUCUUUGCUUAUAAAAUUGUUAUACCCUUUAUGAGUUCUCGUUGAUUCACAUGUUCAUAAUCAUUUGACAAACAGUACCCAUGUGAGGCAUCAUGGUGAAAUCAGGUGCUCGUUAAAAUAAUGAAAUCAAAGAAACCAGCAUUUUUCUUGCCGUUA